AUGCAGGUGGCAUGUGAAAUGGCUCCUGAGGGCUGCGAGCACUACCGGCGCGGCUGCCUGCUGCGGGCGCCCUGCUGCGGGAAGCUGUACGCCUGCCGGCUGUGCCACGACGGCGCUGAGGGGCACCGGCUGGACCGCUUCCGCGUGGCCGAAGUGCAGUGCACACGCUGCCGUCUCCUGCAGAAGGCCCAGCAGCGCUGCGAGGGCUGCCACAGCCUCUUCGGCGAGUACUACUGCGGCAUCUGCCACCUCUUCGACCGCGACAAGAAGCAGUACCACUGCGCCGAGUGCGGUAUCUGCAGGAUUGGUCCAAAGGAGGACUUUUUCCACUGUUCAAAAUGCAAUUUAUGCCUCGGCUUGAGUCUUCGAGGAAAGCACAAGUGUAUUGAAAAUGUCUCCAGGCAGGACUGUCCGAUAUGUUUGGAGGAUAUUCACACAUCUCGUGUUGGAGCUCAUGUUCUGCCCUGUGGUCACCUUCUUCACAGAACAUGUUACGAGGACAUGCUAAAGGAAGGUUACAGGUGUCCUUUGUGCAUGCACUCGGCUUUAGAUAUGACAAGGUACUGGCGUCAGCUGGAUGACGAAGUAGCACAGACUCCUAUGCCCACGGAGUAUCAGAACAUGAUGGUGGAGAUCCUUUGCAAUGACUGCAAUGCCCGGUCUACAGUGCAGUUCCAUCUCCUAGGCAUGAAGUGCAAAAACUGUGAAUCGUACAAUACGGCCCAAGACGGAAGAUGCCGGCUGCCUUUGGAGGAGCAGUGACCAACAUACACACUGCAUUCGGCUGGACGAGGAAGACUCUGCCAUGGAAAAGACUGUCUAUUUAAAAAAACACUUGCCAGUAAAAAUUCGAAGUUGUCACGGCACCAAUGAAAUGGUUACAAGAUCUAAUUAAUGCUGGUGCAAGGGAGUUUUGCUAAUCUGCCCCCCUCCCUAGUACCUGGGGCAGAGCGCAGUCUGGCCCCUCAGGAAAUUCUCCACCAAGCAGUGUGAUGCCCGAUGAAGGUUAGAUUCUGGAGAGAAUUGGCACCCUUUAAAAGAGCUGUUUACAGAGUCGGAGAAGAGACAGCCUAGAAGAAUAACUAAUGAGAUGGCAGAAUGAGAAAUUAUAAGCAGCUGACACAGCAGAAGAUGUUUUGGGGCAGCUGAAGGUUGUGAGCAUAACAGGAGGUGGAGGUAUAGCUGUUCGGUUGCAGCUGCUGGGGAAAAUUGGUAGCUUUCAGAGUGGCCUUUUUACAUAAAGCUGACAUCUGCAAAGUUUCACGCAAGUACGUUUUGUUCCUUUUAAAUGACGUGUUUGUUCUAGGGCCUCAGAGCCGUCGGCGCAAGUGGAUGGAGAGGGUGAACUAGCAGAAAUUCCAUCCCUUGGCUUGGUUUGUUGACACGUGCGUGCACACGGCACGCGUACAGAAUUGGUUUUGGAACAAGGCCGGCUUGCCUGCGUACGUGCGAUGAACAGCCUAAAAAUCUAGCCGCGAGGCUGCCGUUCUCCCCCAGACGCCCAUCUGACCUGCUAUCUGUUCACUUAGCUUCCUUUGCUGGCUGCAGUCGCGUUUACACCCGUUUCUUCCUCAUUUUGCUUUACUCGCUUACAAAGGCUGAGGUGUCGUAGGGUGUUAGGCGUAUCUGUAGCUUGAUAUUUUGAUGGUUAAGUAUGCCAAGUGAAGCACGUACUGUUGUUGUGUCAGGAUUGACGUCGGGCCAUCUAAUUGGGCUGAGCCUGAGGUGUUUGCUAAAGUAACAGCAGUUCAUAGAGGCACUUGAGUAAUGCGGGGACCAAUUUUCUGUCGUUUGGGGUUUUUUUUUAACGGUAUCUGAUUUCAUUGGGGGGCGAGAAUGGAGGAUGGAGGAAUGCUUUUAAAAAAAAAAAAACAGGAAAAAAAACAACAAACCUCUCUACCUGUCUUCAUGUAAUAUCCUGCCCAAGGUGUUUUGCAGUCUAAAUAUUACAGAAAGUUUCUUAGUUUCUCAGAAUUUCAGAACGUGCAGGUAGUGUUCAAUAAUGAAAUACGAUACAUGAAAAAGAGCCCAGUUACUCUUCACCAUACAGCUACUUGUUUUUAACUUGUUUACUGUAAAACAACGGCUUUUCUUCUUAAUCUGGCAGUGCCCCUUCAUGUAUGAAAUGCUAGGACUGGGAUGAUAGUGUUACUGCAGCUUGCCUUUACUGGAGUAUCUUGUUCUGAAGCACUUUUCUCACUGCUAUAAAUAAACGUAAAAUAACUUCUAUUAAAACCAA